AAAUGAGAGAGGUUAACAUCACAGGGGGCCUGCGUCGAUCAGAGGUACAAACUUCUAGGAGGAGUCGGCAUACACCACCAACUCUUCUUGUGGAUUGCUGACUUCUCCAAGGAAACCAAAAAUCUGCUCUCCUGCUAAAGCAUUAAUCACGUACCCAGCCACCAGUCAAAUUUCGCCAAACCCGACACGAACUGUCCUCUCGCACCACAAAAGGCAGCAAGCAUCCUCAGUUGCGAAGUGGCCAUGAGGACACCCCUCCUGCUCAAGGCACAUCGUCCAGGGCAGCCCUGCUGCGUUGUCGCUCGUCUGGCGGAACGCCAGAUCCAGAAAGAAACCGACCUUGCCACUGGUGACGAAGAAAGCAAUAGCUUUAGCAAUAAAGAAACCUUUCCCAACAACUUAAUUUAAUUCAGCACAACGCCACGGCAUCAUCGACGACUCGAGAAAAAAGAAGAUCCACUGCAUUAUCCAGAUAAAAAAGAAAAGAAAAGAAUAGAUGCUGCGCUAACACCCCACUAGAAACAUUUCGAGUGCCACCAUUGACAACAUGUCUGAACUCACUGGAGCUGUAUAAAUUUGUGUCCUGAGCAAACACUCCAACCAUUCAGCUUUGCCAUUUUCUUCUUGAAGGCUUGCAUUAGUGCUGGAUGUUCAUGGCAACUAUUACAAAGGAAGCCAAGUACGACUGUCUGGUCUUUGAUAUGGAUGAUACCUUGUAUCCCUUGACCUCCGGUCUCAAUUUGGCCUGUCGCAAGAACAUCCAAGAUUUCAUGUUGCACAAUCUCCAUAUUGAAGAAAGCCAAGUUGCGAAAAUGUGCCUGGACUUGUACAAAGAAUAUGGGACAACGAUGGCUGGUCUUAAGGAACUUGGUUAUGGAUUUGACGAUGAUGAAUUCCAUGCUUAUGUUCACGGAAGACUGCCAUAUGAAACUUUGAAACCUGAUCCUGUGUUGAGAAGUUUACUACUUUCAGUGCCGCAAAGAAAGAUAAUCUUCACAAAUGCAGACAAGGUUCACACUGCCAAAGUUAUCAGUAGGCUUGGCCUAGAAGAUUGUUUCGAUGGUGUUAUAUGUUUUGAGACACUUAAUCUGACCCCAACUCUUAAUUUUCCUGCUGAAAAGAUCACCACCAUGACUGAUGAUGAUCUAAAGAGCUGGACUUCCGAAGGGAGAAUACUCUGCAAGCCUUCUCUGGAAGCCUUUGAAACUGCAAUCAGGAUUUCAAACAUUGAUCAAAAGAGAACGAUCUUUUUUGAUGAUAGUCCAAGAAACAUAGCAGCAGGAAAGGCAGCAGGUCUUCAUACUGUCCUUGUGGGGAGCUCGGUGUUGGUGCCAGGGGCAGAUCUUGCACUAGAGAGCAUUCACAAUAUAAGAGAAGCCUUGCCUGAGAUAUGGCAGGAUGGAGAGCAGUUUGAACCAGUUCUUGCAGCUACAUCUGCUGAAGCAGUAGUCCUUGCUUAGAUAUUAGUACUAUUGCCACUAUUGAUAGGCCUUGAACCAAGAAAGGCAUGAGAGAAAAGCAAAUUGGCUAGCGAUUGUGAGUGCCUGUUCAUGAUGCUGAUUAUUUAUGUAAGCUCAUCAAUUUACUGCCCAAUAAAGAGAGAGCUUAAUAUGUGAGGCAUGAUAAUUAUUACA